UGGCGCGGCGCGCGGGAUGGAGGCGGAAGCGGGGGGCCGCGCGCGGCCGCCCCCGCCGGGCAGCGCCGGCGCCCCGAAGAGCAGCGAGCAGCAGGAGCCGGAGGCGUCGUUGGCAGAGAGCCCAGCCCCACGGGACCGGCCCCCCAAGAGGAACGGGGUCACUGAACCCCCUCGGCAGACGUGGCAGUGGGGGGAGGAGAUGCUGGAGAGCCCAGCCCCACAGGACCGUCCCCCCAAUGCCAGCGGGGUCACCCACCCGCCCCAGCACACGUUGCACUGGGGGGAGGAGAUGCUAGACAGACCAGCCCCGGGGGAUGUUCCCCCCAAGAGGAAUGGGGUCACUGAACCCCCUCGGCAGACGUGGCACUGGGGAGAGGAGAUGCUGGACAGGCCAGCCCCACAGGACCGGCCCCCAAAGAACACUGGGGUCACCACCACCCCCCGGCACCUGUCGCAUUGCGGGGAACGGAUGCAGGCGACGCCAGCCCUAGGUGACCAUUCACCCAACCGCAGUGGACUCGAUGAACAGCUGCAGCGCCCGUCCCAGCGGGGGAGAGGGAUGCCGGAGCCCACCCACGCUGCGGGUUUGGCUCAGAAGGAGGCCGGGGCCCAGGAGCCGGCGGGCCCCCCUGAGGUGGGCGAGAGGGCCCUGCUGGCCAUGCUGACGGCCGUGGCCAACAGCCCACUGCCGGUGCGCAGCCAGCAGAAGGACGAGCCGGAUUUGACGGCGGAGGAGAAGCUGGCCAUCCUGCGGGCGCUGUACCGGGACAAGCCUGUGGUCUUCCUGGAGCGCUUCCGGCGGGCCCUGCGCGUCGAGCACCUGGGCUGCUUCGCCCACCUGGCCGCCCGCUACGAAGUGCGCUUCUACUGCGACGAGGUGCGCCGGGCCGCCCGCGGCAAGGCCGGCCACACCCGGGUGCGCAACAAGAGGUACGCCGCCCUGCAGCAGCUCAUCAAAGGGGGAGAGUAUUUCAGCGACGAGCAGAUGCGGGCGCGGGAGCCCCUGCUGUACGAGCAGUACAUCGGGCAGUACCUGAGCGACGAGGAGCUGCUGGCCCUGGGCAGCCAGGCACUGGCCGGCCCCUGCUCCCUCUCCGGCGUCCUGCUCGACUCCUACCAGGAGCAGGUGCUCCAGCUACGGCUGCACAUACAGCAGGAGCAGGAGGAAGCCUGCAUGGAGGAGGAGGAGGAGGAUGACGAAGGCGAGGAGUCCAGCUCGGCCUCGGACACCUGGGUCCCCGACACGGAGGAGAAGGCCUUCCUGCGUGAGGAGUUCACCAGCCGCAUGCACCAGCGCUUCCUGGACGGCAAGGACGGUGACUUCGAUUACAGCGAGGUCGACGAGAACCCAGAGUUCGACAACCUGGACAUUGUGUCGCGGGACGAGGAGGAGCGUUACUUCGACGGCGAGGAGUCCGAGGAGGCGGAGGAGAUGGAGGCGCAGUAGGGGGUCCCCUGUCCCCCGCAACCCCUCCCCCCCCCAGCCUGGCACCCUGAUUGGGGGCAGGACCCAACUCCUGUGCAGUAACCCAGACUCCUAGUCUGUGACCUGGGAUCCUUCCCCUCGUGGGCUCAGGACGUGUCCCCGCAAGGGCCUUCCCCCCGUUCGCUUUCCCCAGGUCGCUCCUGGCCUGUGAUCCAGUCCAGACCGUGAUCCCUGCCCCCUUCUCCCCAGGGCUGAGGCACCCCCCUCGCCCCCCAUGGGCUGUGUGAGCCCCACGUCUCUGCCUCCCAGGGGCAGCCCAGAGCCAGGAUAGGUGCCGGGGAGCAGCUGGGGAGUGGGAGGGGCUGCCCAGACUCUGCCCGGCCCCCGCUGGAUCUCUGGCCUGGGCUCUGAGCCUCCGGGCCCCCAGGGCGGGAAGCGUUCCAGAGGGGUGGCAAGGCCCAGGGCUGCACCGGGAAGCAGCCGCUCAGGGGAACGGCCCCCCCGCUGGAGCUGGCCUGGCGCGGGGGCCUGUGGGGUGGGGGCAGGCCGGGGACG